CACUGAUACUAGUAUACUACGUUUUUUUUUUUUUGCUUAUUAUAGAGCGGAAGUGGAUGGUGGGCCGGUGAGGAGCUUGAGGUGGCAAAGCUCAGUCAAGCCAGUUAAGCUCGAAGGGGAAAAUCAGGUGUACGCCACAGUUUAGCUUCUCUGGAUAGUCUGUCGGUGGUCAUUCUCGCUCUACCUCGUCGUCCUCUGUAUCUCUGAAGAACCCAAGUCACUGCCGACCAUUCCUGCAAACUCUUAUCUCCCUCUAGAAAAUCAAGGAACUCUCUGUUCCCGUUCUUAUUUCUUCUUCAUUUCCACUAUCCACCUGCUUGAGAUCUCUCUCCAAUGUUAAAGUAGUGCACUCCCGUUACAUAAUAUUCUAUUCUAAGGUAUGUCUGCCCCAUGUUUGUAUUGGAAAUGAAUGUUACAGGCUUACCAGUUCCCAAUUUCCAAAGAUCUCAUUUCCCCCAAUUCACAUUAUAAGUUUUCUGCUAAAUCUCUGUUUAGUGUUAAACCAAUUCUGGAUUCUUUAAUUGGAGAAAAGGUGCAACCUUUGAUGUAAAAGUUGACACAGAAGCUGUUAGCUUUUGAGUGUAUAUUGGAGGCUGGAUCUGAAGUGAAGAUCUUGAGAUCACAGGGAAGCUGGCAGCCACACUGGCAUGGAGGCAUGCUGCCAGCAGUGGCAGCAGCAGCCUUCCUAGUAACGAUCUGGAAAGAAAUAAAGACAGCAAGCAUUAUGGCCUGGACCACCCAGCUCCACAUUCUCUCAUGAAAAUGGGUUCAAGAGAUCGUAGUAACAUGGAGGAUCCAGAUGGGACAUUAGCAAGUGUUGCUCAGCUGAUUGAGAAAUUGCGCAAGAACUCAGCCUCCACGCAAGAAAAAGAGACACUGUUGAAACAAUUGUCGGAGCUUAUUGAUACACGUGAAAAUGCAUUCAGUGCUGUUGGGUCACAUUCCCAGGCAGUGCCAGUGCUUGUUUCUUUACUUCGAUCUGGUUCAUUUGGGGUAAAGAUGCAGGCAGCCACUGUUUUGGGCUCUUUGUGCAAAGAAAAUGAAUUACGAGUAAAAGUGCUGCUUGGAGGUUGUAUUCCUCCAUUGUUAGGCCUUCUCAAGUCAAGCUCAACAGAAGGUCAAAUUGCAGCAGCAAAGACUAUAUAUGCCGUGUCUCAAGGUGGUAUUAAGGACCAUGUUGGCUCAAAGAUCUUUUCAACUGAAGGAGUUGUGCCAGUAUUGUGGCAACAGUUACAGAAGGGUCUUAAAGGUGAAAACUUGGUUGAUGAUUUGAUCACAGGCAGUUUAAAAAACCUUUGUACCAGCACAGAGGGUUUCUGGUCUGCAACGGAUCAAGCUGGAGGUGUGGAUAUACUUGUCAAACUGCUAGCUACCGGACAAUCCAGCACUCAAGCAAAUGUAUGCUUUCUUCUUGCAUCUAUCAUGAUGGAAGACUCAUCUGUCUGCUCUAAAAUAUUGGCUUCAGAUGUCACAAAACAACUGCUUAAAUUACUUGGGCCUAGCAAUGAAGCUUCUGUUAGGGCAGAAUCUGCCGGGGCUCUCAAAUCUCUUUCUGCUCAAUCCAAAGAGGCCCGACGGGAGAUAGCAAAUUUGAAUGGCAUCCCUGUACUAAUAAAUGCUACUAUAGCACCUUCAAAGGAAUUCAUGCAGGGUGAACAUGCUCAAGCUUUGCAGGAGCACGCAAUGUGCGCUCUUGCUAACAUUUCAGGUGGCUUGUCAUAUGUGAUAUCAAGUCUUGGCCAAAGCCUUGAAUCAUGCACCUCAUCUGCACAGGUUGCUGAUACAUUAGGGGCCUUAGCUUCGGCUCUUAUGAUAUACGAUAACAAAGCAGAAAGUUCAAGAGCUUCUGAUCCUUUGGAGGUGGAACACACACUGGUUAAACAGUUUAAGCCUCAGUUGCCACCACUGGUGCAAGAGCGUACCAUUGAAGCUCUUGCUAGUUUAUAUGGGAACAUUAUUCUCUCCAAAAAGCUUGCAAAUUCUGAUGCAAAGCGGCUACUGAUUGGUCUGAUCACAAUGGCUACUAAUGAAGUUCAAGGAGAAUUGAUAAGGUCCCUUCUCAUCCUUUGCAAAAAUGAAGGAUCACUAUGGCAUGCCCUUCAAGGCCGCGAAGGGAUUCAACUACUGAUUUCUCUCCUUGGGCUCUCAUCGGAGCAGCAACAGGAGUGUGCUGUUGCUUUACUAUGUCUUCUUUCAGACGAGAAUGAUGAGAGUAAAUGGGCCAUCACCGCAGCUGGAGGCAUUCCCCCACUUGUGCAGAUUCUAGAAACAGGAUCUUCCAAAGCCAAAGAGGACUCUGUAACCAUUCUUGGAAACCUUUGCAAUCACAGUGAAGAUAUUCGGGAAUGUGUUGAGAGUGCUGAUGCUGUUCCUGCUUUGUUAUGGUUGCUGAAGAAUGGGAGCUCCAAUGGUAAAGAAAUUGCGGCCAAGACAUUGAACCAUUUGAUUCAUAAAUCGGAUACUGCCACCAUAAGCCAACUCACUGCACUUUUAGCUAGUGAUCUUCCGGAGUCUAAAGUCUAUGUCUUAGCUGCAUUGAGAAGUUUGCUUUCCAUGGUACCUAUUAGUGAUAUUUUGCGUGAAGGUAGUGCAGCAAACGAUGCAAUUGAGAUGAUGAUAAAGCUCAUAAGCUUUGCUAAGGAAGAGACUCAGGCCAAAUCUGCAUCAGCACUUGCUGGAAUCUUCAAUCUCAGGAAAGACUUGCGUGAAAGUAACCUUGCUAUGAGAACUCUCUGUUCACUAUCUGAGCUUCUAAAUGUGGAGUCUAAAGCCAUCUUAGUUGAAGUGUGUCGUUGUCUUGCUGCAAUAUUUCUCUCGAUUAGAGAGAACCGUGAUGUUGCUGCAGUUGCUAGAGAUAAGUUGCCUUCACUGGUGGCUCUUGCUAGUUCUUCAGCUUUGCCUGUAGCGGAGCAAGCGAUAUGUGCUUUAGCAAAUCUUCUUUUGGACCGUGAAGCCUCUGAAAGAGCUUUUCCUGAAGAAAUCAUCUUGCAUGCCACUAGAGUUCUGCGUGAAGGCUCAACUGAUGGACAGACCCAUGCUGCCUCUGCAAUUGCUCGACUUCUCCAGUCUCAGAAGGUUGAUUCGGAAAUAACUGACUGUGUCAAUCGUAAUGGGACGGUUCUUGCUUUGGUCUAUUUUCUUGAAUCCACUACGGGUGGACCUAUUGCUAUAUCGGAAGCAUUAGAUGCCCUUUGUUAUCUUUCAGGGUUGGAAGGACAUAUUAGACCUGCCUGGGCAGUUCUUGCAGAGUACACAGAUGGCAUUAUACCAAUCGUCUCAUGUAUUUCUGAUUCUAGUCCCUUGUUGCAAGACAAAGCUAUCAGAAUAUUAUCAUGGCUCAGCCAAGCUCAGCCGAAUGUUCUAGGAGAAACAAUUGCAUGUGCUUCUGGAUGCAUAUCCUCGAUCGUACAAAGGGUAAUCAACUCCUCAAAUGCAAGAGUAAAAAUUGGAGGAACUGCUCUCCUUAUAUGUACUACAAAAGUGAACCACCAAAGAGUGAUUGAGGAUCUAAAUGAAUCCCAUUUACGAGUUCCACUGAUUCAGUCACUUGUAGGCAUGCUGAACCCCGAGUCUUCUCAGUUGCAUGCAGAUCAAGGGGACAAAGUUGCAAUAAACAUAUUCAGGAAUACUUUAGACGAAUCAAAAAAGGAUGAAACGGAGAGAAGUACUUCAGUUAUCUAUGGUACGGAUAUAGCUAUAUGGCUACUCUCUGUUCUUGCUACCCGUGAUGACCAAAGCAAAGUUGACAUUUUGGAGGCUGGUGGAAUUGACUCUCUUACUGAAAGAAUAUCUCAAUCUCUGUCCCAGUUUACUCAGAUUGAUUUCAAAGAAGAUAGUAGCAUAUGGGUUUGUGCAUUGCCGCUGGCAGUCUUAUUCCUAGAUAGAGACAUCAUCAGGGAACAUGUCACAGUGAAAGCUAUACCGGUGCUAGCUAAUUUACUUAAGUCAGAGGAGUCAGCCAAUAGGUAUUUUGCUGCACAAGCAAUCGCCAGUCUUGUCUGUAAUGGUAGCAGGGGAACUCUUCUUUCUGUUGCAAAUUCAGGGGCAGCGGCAGGUCUUAUUUCAUUGCUUGGCUGUGCAGAUGAUGACAUCAGUGACCUCAUUGAACUCUCAGAGAAGUUUGCUUUGUUGCGUAAUCCAGAGCAAGUAGCUCUUGAAAGAUUGUUUCGGGUUGAUGACAUUAGGGUUGGGGCAACUUCUAGAAAAGCUAUACCAGCACUUGUUGAUCUGCUGAAGCCAAUCCCAGAUCGCCCCUGUGCACCUUUUUUGGCUCUUGGACUUCUGAUACAGCUGGCUAAAGAAUGCCCUCCAAACAAGAUUUUAAUGGUAGAAUGUGGAGCUAUUGAAGCAUUGACUAAGUAUUUGUCACUUGGACCUCAAGAUGCAACAGAGGAAGCAGCAACUGAUUUAUUGGGAAUCCUAUUCAGUACCGCUGAAAUCCGGAGACACGAAUCUGCAUUUGGAGCUGUUAGUCAGCUUAUAGCUGUCUUACGUUUGGGAGGAAGGGCAGCGAGGUAUAGUGCUGCCAAAGCCUUAGAGAACCUGUUCUCAGCAGAUCACAUAAGAAAUUCAGAAUCCGUUAGACAUUCUGUUAAACCUUUGGUAGAGAUUCUAAGCUCUGGCCUUGAGAAGGAGCAACAUGCUGCUAUUGCUGCAUUAGUCCGGUUGCUCAGUGAAAAUCCAUCAAGAGCUCUUGCCGUUGCAGAUGUUGAGAUGAAUGCUGUAGAUGUUUUAUGCAGGAUUCUCUCAUCAAAUUGCUCUAUGGAGCUGAAGGGGGAUGCAGCGGAGUUAUGCUCUGUUCUUUUCACUAGUACAAGAAUAAGAUCUACAAUUGCCGCAGCUCGCUGUGUGGAGCCCUUGGUUUCUCUUCUGGUCACUGAAUUCAGUCCGGCUCAUCAUUCGGUUGUUCACGCUUUAGACAAACUGGUGGAUGAUGAACAGCUAGCAGAACUAGUUGCCGCACAUGGAGCUGUUAUACCCCUCGUAGGUCUUCUCUAUGGUCAGAAUUUUAUGCUUCACGAGGCUAUUUCUAGGACUCUCGUGAAGUUGGGGAAAGACAGGCCUUCAUGUAAGCUAGAAAUGGUAAAAUCAGGGGUAAUCGAGAGUGUACUUGAUAUUCUCCAUGAAGCACCAAAUUUCCUAUGUGCUGCGUUUGCUGAAUUGCUAAGAAUACUGACUAACAAUGCAGCGAUUGCCAAGGGACCAUCUGCAGCAAAAGUGGUUGUGCCUCUUUUCUUGUUGCUGACUGUACCGGAGUUUGGACACGACGGACAACACAGUGCUCUUCAGGUUCUUGUGAACAUCUUAGAACAUCCACAAUGCCGUGCUGAUCAUGCAUUGUCAUCCCAUCAAGCCAUUGAACCUCUGAUACCUUUACUUGAUUCUCCUGCUUCUGCCGUUCAACAGUUGGCAGCUGAGCUCCUGUCUCUUCUUCUUGUGGAGGAGCAUCUUCAAAAAGAUCCCGUCACACAACAAGUCAUUGGGCCUUUAGUUAGAGUGCUCGGUUCUGAUAUACCCAUUCUGCAGCAGAGAGCUGUGAAGGCUCUUGUUUGUGUUUCGGUAACAUGGCCCAAUGAGAUUGCCAAAGAAGGCGGUGUAAGUGAGCUUUCAAAAGUGCUGUUGAAUGCUGAUCCUUUGCUUCCCAAUGCUUUAUGGGAAUCAGCUGCUUCUGUCCUAGCCUGCAUCUUGCAGUUUAGCUCUGAGUUUUUCUUGGAAGUCCCUGUAGCAGUUUUGGUGAGAUUGCUUCGUUCAGGCUUAGAAAGCACCAUACUUGGUGCCUUGAAUGCCCUGCUCGUGUUGGAAAGCGAUGACUCCACCAGUGCUGAAGCAAUGGCUGAAAGUGGGGCAAUCGAAGCUCUUUUGGAACUUCUCCGAUGCCAUAUAUGCGAGGAAACCGCUGCUAGGCUUCUUGAGGUGUUGCUUAACAAUGUGAAGAUCAGAGACACAAAGGCUACGAAGGCAGCUAUUCUACCACUGUCACAAUACCUCUUGGACCCACAAACCCAAGGUCAGCAAGCGAGGUUAUUGGCGACACUUGCCCUUGGCGAUCUAUUCCAGAACGAGUCGCUUGCUAGGACAUCAGAUGCUGUUUCUGCUUGUCGGGCAUUGGUUAAUCUGCUAGAGGAUCAGCCUACUGAAGAAAUGAAAGUCGUGUCAAUAUGUGCUCUACAGAACCUUGUUAUGUACAGCCGAUCAAAUAAAAGAGCCGUUGCGGAAGCUGGAGGUGUUCAGGUUGUGCUUGAUAUUAUUGGGUCAAGUGAUCCAGAUACAUCAGUACAGGCAGCGAUGUUUAUUAAGCUUCUCUUCUCAAACAACACUAUUCAAGAAUAUGCUUCGGGCGAGACUGUCAGGGCCAUAACUGCUGCGCUCGAAAAAGAUUUGUGGGCAACAGGAACAGUUAAUGAAGAGUAUUUGAAGGCUUUGAAUUCACUUUUUGGAAAUUUCCCACGUUUGAGAGCAACAGAACCUGCCACACUGAGUAUACCACAUCUGGUCACUGCCCUCAAGACUGGUUCAGAGGCAACUCAAGAAGCAGCCCUGGAUGCACUUUACUUUCUGAGGCAUGCUUGGUCUGCUUGCCCAGCUGAAGUGUCUCGAGCCCAAUCAAUUGCUGCUGCUGAUGCUAUUCCUUUGUUGCAGUAUUUGAUACAGUCAGGGCCGCCCCGGUUUCAAGAGAAGGCAGAAUUCCUUUUGCAGUGCUUGCCGGGGACAUUGGUGGUCAUUAUCAAGCGAGGUAACAACAUGAGACAGUCCGUUGGAAAUCCUAGUGUUUAUUGCAAGCUUACCCUCGGAAAUACUCCACCUGUGCAAACCAAGGUUACAUCAACUGGGCCUAACCCCGAAUGGGAUGAAAGCUUUGCCUGGUCCUUUGAAAGUCCUCCAAAAGGCCAAAAGCUUCACAUCUCAUGCAAGAACAAGAGCAAAAUGGGAAAGAGCUCAUUUGGAAAGGUAACGAUCCAGAUCGACCGAGUAGUGAUGCUGGGUGCAGUUUCAGGGGAGUACACCUUGUUGCCCGAAAGCAAAAGUGGGCCUUCAAGGAACUUGGAGAUAGAAUUCCAGUGGUCCAACAAAACUGAACUGUAGAAAAGAAUGUUUGGGAGGGAGGAUUUCACCUAUAUUCUCUUGAUUUCCAUCACUUCCCCGCCAACUGUAUAUAGUUCUUCCCCUUUUUAGUAUAUUCUUUUGUGUCUUAUUCAUAUCUACUCAUUGCUUAGUUUUUUUUUGUGUGGUUAUUCAUAUUCAUUGUAAGUUGAAUCACUUUUUUACCUUGUAAUUUUCUUCUGGGUUAUUAUUUAAUCAACUUCGAGUUCAAGGCAAUAUAACAAACUGUGGCCUGUUUAGUAUACACCCCUGGUUUUCUGUGCAUUCUUUC